AUGCAGUCAAUUGCCAGAGGAAUAGCUUCUGAACUAGUCCCGGGCACCCUACACUUGUCUUCACCUGUAGUGUCUAUCGAGCAAUUGGCGCCCGACAGCUGUACAGUGUCGACCGCCGCUGGAAAAGUCUCCCGGUGUCGAAAGGUGAUUGUUCCAGUCCCUACUCCUCUCCUCUCCUCCAUCAAAUUCUCGCCGCAUUUGCCAGAGGCCAAAGCGACCCUGAGUGCCAGCACUGCGUUGGGAUAUUACAGCAAGAUGAUCUACGUUUUCGACCAUCCCUGGUGGCGAGACGCCGGGCUGUCGGGUGUGUUUGAGUCUGUCACGGGGCCAGUCUCCUUCACGCGCGACACCAGCAUCCCAGCGGAUGGCCAGUGGUCAAUCUCAUGCUUCAUUGUUGGGGAGCCUGGUCGUCGAUGGUCACAACUCCCCGACGUAUUGGGACGUCAACGGAUUUGGGAGCAGUUUUCGAGAGCCUUCGGGAGUGUUGUCGCCAGUGUUCCUCAGCCGGUCAAUGUGAUCAAGAUGGAAUGGACCAAGGAGGCAUGGUUUGGAGGUGCCCCGUCGCCAGUGAUGGGUCCUGGCAUCCUCUCAACCGUCGGACAUGCCUUGAAGACUCCAUGUGGCGAUGUUCACUUUGUGGGAACAGAAACAGCUGAUGUUUGGAAAGGCUACAUGGAGGGUGCUGUGCGAUCUGGCCGACGUGGAGCAAGAGAGGUCAUUGCUGCUCUACGAGAGGCAACUGUCCAGCAGCCUAGCAGGUAG